CCAAGUGUAACUUGAAUAAUUCGCAGCAUCUUGAGCAUGCUCUAGCUAAAUCUAUCCCCCAUUUACCCUCAUUAUCUACCUGAAGACAUGUACAAGUAGUUUUUUUUGGAGAGGUUACAUUAUCUGAGAGAAUGUUUAAUAGUGCACCAUGGAUGAAAGACUCUCUGAACAAGUCCAGACUUCGGACAGACUUGAUCACUCACAUUGUGCUGAGUUUGUUGAUGUUCAUUCGAGUCCUUCCUGGGCUGACUUCAUUCCUCGGUGUUGGACCAGUGUCUUCACUCAGAAAAUGGAACUUUCCUCCACCCCGACCCUGGGAGUAUGCUUGGAUGGUGUGUACUAUGGCAAUAUUGGUUGGGUGGAGAUCCAUGGCGAAAAAUGAUAUUAAACUUCUGAAACAGUACGUUGUGGGGUCCAUACUCUUUGGUAUUAUUCCUGUGGUUUUUGGACUCGUAGAACAAAGUGAUGACUUGUACGCAUAUCUGAAUGAGAAGAAAUAUACUGGACAAUUUUUUGGAUACCCUGCCGUUCUUGUGUUCUACUUAUUUCUAUUUAUAGCUAUUCAGGUUCAUGGAUUCGGUAUUUACUUUUCAUAUCAACUUCUGAAGUCUUGGAAACCCAGGGAAAGAAAGACGCAAUAAUUUUAAAUGACUGUAUGCUUCCCAUUUUUGUUCACAUUUCCAUGUUGUUUGAGUGUUUUUGACAAUGAGUGCAUGAGUAUACAAAGCUAUAAAUAGCUAACAUGUUUUUAAUCUUUCCAUGUUCAUUUUUUUAAAAACCUUUUUUUCAUUCAUGUAAUUUUGUAAACCUGGACAAGCACAUUUUUAUGUUGCACAAAAAUACAGUAAGAGUACUGUAGUCACAUCUGCAUGCAGCUAGCUUUGUCAUUAGAUUUACAUUUGAACUGAUUACAAAUGGAAGAUAUAAAUUUUACUUCUCCCAUUUGUUGGAAGGGGUUUACACAUUUUUUAAUGACUGCAAGUUGUGCAAUUAUAACUCAAACAUAGAUAUGUUUGAAGAGAAAUGAAUGUGUAUUUUGUGACAGACAUUGAGUAUAGAUUGGUGCAUUUUAAGAGAAAUAGCUGGGAGACACAAAUUAUAAUAGUGAUCAACCUAAAAACUUGAAUUCUGUUGUUUCCAAUGUUGGUAGUUGGUUAUUUCAUAGUAUUUCACUUUUUUGUGCAAAUAUGGCAAUUUAGCAGAUAAAAAUAAAUCUGCUCUUGGUUUUCCAUUCCAAAAAAUCUUUAAGCUUUUAAAAUAUUGGUUUACAUGGUUAAAGUCAUUUCCUUGGUUAUGUUGUAGGUGUAGAUUUACAUUUUCACUUUUUUUUUUUUUGUAAAGACAAUUGUAUUUUUAUAGCAUAGAAUGCUAUGUCCUUUUGUUUUUACAUUGGCAUAAAAGCUACAUUAGAGAGUUCUCAAUUUGCAAGUUAUAUACUAGUAUGUAAAAACAUUAUGAAGUUAUGCUAUGCAAAAUGUUGUGUUAAUAUACAUUAAACCAAUAUAUCCAAGAUAGGAAAAGGUUGAUAUACAUAUUUUCAGUGUUAAUUGUUAUGCUUUGAGUUAUGUCCCCUUUUUAAAAUAAGUUGCACUCUUUGGUGUACCUGAUAUCAGCCCAUGCACAUGUGCAGCUUCUAAACGUCAGAGACUUAGGUGUAAAUAUUCAUUGUUUUGUUCUUUACCUGUUACCUGUUUCACUUCUUUUUUUAUUACCUCAGAUCCUGUAUUGUGAAGUUAAUAAAACUAAAUGACACAA